AUGUCAACUACUGCUUCUCGUUAUGCGGAUUAUAGUUCGGCAUGUCCACGCUGUCAACAAAUCAUAAAUACAAUUGAUAUUACAUUUCAACAAGGUAUAUUUAUUUAUGAUUUAACAUUUAUUCAACAAGAACUUGAAUCUGUACUUGUUGCUGCUUUACAACGACAAAAGCAACUUUUACAAUCCGAUGGAGAAAAUUUAACAUUACCAUUAUCAUCCAUGAUACAAUUAACAAAUGGUAAAAAACCACGUGAUUUUAAAGCUGAACGUGAACGUAAACGUAAAGCAUUUAGUGGACAAAUAUCACGAAAAAGACGUCGAAGAAAAAAACCAUCAAAUAUACAUUUAUUAAAACCAAUUAAACGUGAACGUAAUCAAAAUAAUCUUUUAACAAUAAAACAAAAUUUUUUACAUAGAAAAUCAAAUGAAAAUUCAACACGUCCAAUACGUUCAUAUCGUCCAAUAAAUUUUACAUAUCCAUUUUAUUAUGAAACAAAUUAUCGUAAUACUAAUCAUAAUAUAUCAACAAAUAAAUUACAAUUAAAUAAUAUGUCAUAUCCAGAUCAAUUUUGGAUUAAAAUUAUAACACAUCAACAUGAAUUCAUUAAAAAUGAUGAUUGGAAUUAUAUUGAAAAAUUAAUUAAUAUUGAUCAAUCAUUAUUUAAUAAUAUAAAUGAUGAAAAAAUUUAUAAUCAAUAUAAAGAAAUAAUUAAUUCAAAUGAAUAUCUUUUAACAAAAGAUAAAUAUUUACAUCCAGAAUUAGAAUAUUCAAUUGUAUUAAAACAAAAUUUACAUUUAUAUAAUUUAGUUGAAAAUAUAUUAAAUAAUAAUCAACAUAAAUUUAAUUCAACAUUAAAUAAUCAUCGAUUAAAACGAAAAUAUUCUUCAAUAUCAAAUAAUCAUAAUUCAAUAGAUAUUGAUGAUUCGAUAUUAAAUUUCCUUCGACGUGAUAAUAAGUAA